GGUGCGGCCUGAGCAUGUCAAAGUCACGAAGACAUAAAAUCAGGCCCAUGGAUGAGUUCCAAUGUACUUGACAGAGUGGCCAGCCCCUGAGAGAGACACGCAGAUGUGUGAAUUCCUCCAUGGGCGUGCAUGGUGAACUUGCGUACACACACAGUUCACACAGACACCCUACAGCCCUGCACCCUGGCACCUGCCUCAAUGCCCAGGCAGGGACAUGAGUCCCACCCUCCCAGCAGGCUUCACGGGGUCAGAGGGUGGCCAGAGCAGGGGCAUUGUGGUCAUGGCAGGCUUCAGGGAGGAGGAGGCUGAGUGGAUAGAGAGAAGACGAAACAGGUGUGGUGUCUGCUCCAAGGUGCUACCCCUCACCAUGUGCUGGCUGUAUCAGUUGUUCCUCCAUCACUGAACACCUACUGCUGCUACUACUAUCCCUCCUAGGCCUAAAGCUGAGGACAGAGCUCAUGGAGUCUCCCCUUGGGGGGUGCAGGUGGUUUCUUGGGGGCAAUGAAAACCAGAAGUAUGGGGCCCUGGCCAGGUGAUGAGAGGGCAGAGGGGGUCUGGGGAAUUCACGAGACAACAAGGCCUGAUGCUGGAACCCAGUGAGGGAGCAGCAAGGAAGGAGCCUGGGAAGGAGCUCCCAAAGUUCCGUGACCCUGACAUGUGGAGACUCCUCUGGAGUGACCAGGCUUUAUUAGGUGCCUAAGGCAGUCCAGGACCAGGAGGGCUGGUCCUCAUGAUGGUUCAGGACCCAGGGACACUGUAGCUGCAUGGAAGACCUGGCAGCUUGUCAGUGUCCCUUUCCCAGCCUGGUCUGUGCUUAUGUGUGGCCCAUGCAGCCCCUGCGUGUAUAUGUAUCGGUCUAGAGUCAAUCCGUCUGGUCUCCGUUUCUGCUGACCAAAACCCACCUCAAACCAGCUUGAGCUGAAAGAAGAAAUGGCCAUCUUACAAAACUGAAAUGGCUGAAUGGUCCAGGGGAACUCCAGGCAAGGAGGCCUCCAGCCCUCUGGAUGCUGGCUCCUCUCAGUUGCCACGUUGAUUCCGUCCUCUGCCAGCAGCCCUCGGUAGUCUCCCUACCUGCUUUCCCAAAGUUCUAAGAAAGUUUCCAGAACUGAGUCUCACUGGCUCAAGUCAGCCUGUUUUGGCCCACAUGCCCAUCCUUGACCCAAUCACUGUGGCCAGGGACCCCCCCAGAUUGCCACUCAGGAACCUGAGUGUGGAGAGGGUCAGCGCCUUAGGAAGGUAGGGGCUGGGCCUGUUUCCUAAAGAUGGAUGCUGAGCAGGCAAAAAUGCAGUGUCUAUUCCAGGAUGAGAGGCCCAAGACAGUGAUGGGUUCGGCCAUCUUGAGUGUGCUGACUCUCCCUGCCAGGCCCUCAGAGUGGCCAUGGGGCAGAUGCCCUCAGCUAUUGGCCAUGGCCCAAGGGCCGGGUGGCCCUUGUACAUGAAGCCCAUGAAGUUGUGUGGCUGGCAAGCAUCUGAGGAUCUCUUGAAAGGAGCAAGAAUCUUGGCUGGUUCCAGUGUGGGCUGGAGGUACGUGGAAUCCAUUCUCAGGGAACAUGGGAGCUGGGCAGCGUUUCAGCAGGGGAGCGCAGGAGUCAGAGUUGUAUGUUACAAAGUACACUUGGAUGGGGGGGGCAGGGAAACGGAGGUAAGUGUGUAUGUGGGAGAAAGGGCUGGCAGAGAGAGACUGUGACUUGUGCCCAGGUGAGAGAUGACUAUCGCAGGGAGGGAUUCGGAAGGUGGCACUGGGGUUGGGGAGAAGUGAGUGCAUUUGAGAGAGUAGGGCUUGGUAAUAGGUGGGAAGUGGGGGUGGGGGUUCAGGUAGGAGUUGGUCUUGUUUCCUGGCAUGGGACCCAGGAUGAGGGGGUCAGAGAGGACCUGCUGAGGGUACAGAGUAUGGGGGACAUUGUGACAGUGUUCCUGAGGCAGCUGUACACACGCCAAGGUGGACAGGAGUGGGUUUCACCAGCUCAGAAUAGGCAUGGAAGUGGCAGGAACGACUGGGAGGAAGUAGACAGGCUGUCCCCAGCCAGCUGCUCUCCCCUGCCCCAGCUCCCUGUAGCCCUGGUUUCCGCCCUCAGCCUGGCCAGCCCCUCAGCUCUAUCUGGCAUGUCACACCCCCGUGUCCUCCCCCUGCCCUGAGAAGGGGGGGAGAGCUUGGAGGCCACUCCUCUGACCCAGCUGCUGAGCAGCGGCCUGAAGCUGAUAAGACCUCUGUAGCUAGCUCUCCCACACGCCAGUCCAGCCCCAGCAGAGCUGCAGGCACCAUGAAGGACGACAUAGCUCUUCUGGCCACUGUCACUCUCCUGGGAGUCCUGCUGCAAGCCUACUUCUCCCUGCAGGUGAUCUCAGCACGCAGGACCUUCCGCGUGUCACCGCCGCUCACCACCGGACCACCCGAGUUCGAGCGCAUCUAUCGAGCCCAAGUGAACUGCAGCGAGUACUUCCCGCUGUUCCUCGCCGCGCUCUGGGUCGCCGGCGUCUUCUUUCACGAAGGGGCGGCGGCCCUGUGCGGCCUGGUCUACCUGUUCGCGCGCCUCCGCUACUUCCAGGGCUACGCGCGCUCCGCGCAGCUCAGGCUGACCCCUCUCUACGCGAGCGCGCGCGUGCUGUGGCUGCUCUUGGCGCUGGCUGCGCUAGGCUUGCUCCGCCACUUCCUCCCGGCUGCGGUGCGCGCCGCGCUCCUCCGACUGCUGCGGACGCUGCUGCCUGGGGCCUGAAGACGCCGGAUCGUCGGAGCUGGGGAAGAGCCGGAACCUCCCAGAGGACGGGGGACGGGGUGGGGCAGAGGCGCUCACCUCUUCAUUCCUCUGUCUCUAAUUAAAGUUCCCAUGACCGAACCCCGGCUGCUCUCUUUGGGUCGGAGGAGGUCGCGCAUAGCUGGCCGUGGAGCCUGGAGGGGCCCAGCCUGGGUUCAGAGCAGCUGGAGGGCUUCCCAGAGGCAGCGGUAGGGGCCAAAGAAGGAAAGGAGCCCAGACGAGCUCCGAGGAGGGGCGGGGCCUGGAGUGCCAACGGAAAGUCCCAAUCCUCUUCUCACUACCUCCCUGCCUGAGAUGUCUCUUCCCGCCGAGAUUCACCCAGGGCUCCUCCCUGCCUUCAGCCCUCUACUCUUCCAGGCCUUCCCCUCCAUUGACCCUCAGUCGCCCUAUUCUUCGUCUCCCAGCUUUCAUGACCAACACCAGAGCCUGGUCGGUGUCUCCACGGACCGAGGACAGGGACCUUUUUUUGUCACCACUCGGUCCCCUGCAUCUAGAACAGUGUAAGAUGUUCAGGGUAUCCCUGCUGAGGUCCGCAGAGCAGUGGCGAUGGAAACGACAAACACUCAAUGUAGUCUUGAUAUGAGCUCUCAAGGAAAACAUCUGGGUGCCUUGCGGACAGACACCAGGAAGAAGGUCCCUAAGAAAGUGACUUUUAGCUGAGCCAGCAAAACGGUAGGGAUGAGCUUUUGAGGCAGGAGCAACAGUCUGUGCAAAAGCCCUGGCGUGGACGGAGACGGCUAAUUUUAGGGAAAAAGACACUGACAUGUGGCAGAUACCAGGGAGGAGAGAUGAGGACAGAGCUCAGACCCACAAAUGGGAAGGGUUAUGAAGGUCGGGGGAUGCAUUCGUUGCCCAGAGAAGGCCAUGGCCUCCAGGCACUUGGGGCUAGAUGCUGGGGAGCCUCCAAGACGACGCGAGAUGCCAGCUCUGGGGUGUCCUCAUGGAUCGGGCAGGUUCCCAGGCCCUCCCCGGAAGAUGGGGGUGCAGUCGUGCCAAGCUGCACUUGCGGGGCGGGAGCGCCAGAAUGCACGCAGAGAGGCAAGUCCAGCUCCUACGCUUAGCGGAGAGUCGGGUCUGGCACCAGGUGAAGUGCUCUGGCGCCGGGCCUCCCCUACCAGUCCGCAUGUUUAACCAAGGCACAUGCCGGAUGAAAGCAGAGGCGGCUGAUAGCUCCGAGAAUUCAGAUUUGAGGCACACAC